AGGGCAUUUGCAUCCAUAAAAAAUAAGGUUUGCUGAUUAAAAAUGUCACUGGAAAAAUUGCCAGAACAUAUUUUGAUUCAAAUUCUGAAGCACCUGAGUUAUACAGAUGUCUUACAAGUUGGAGAAACUUGUAAAACUUUGUAUGCAGCAUCAAAGCUUGAGCCUGUAUGGGCUACACAAUGCAAACGUAUAUGGCUGGUUAAUAAAGUACCUGAAAAGUGCGAAAACUGGGUUGAAACGUUCAAAUAUUUCUACCAAGAGUUUGGGGACACUAUUGAGUGUUACGCAACCAUACGUAAAAUCUGGAAUGACCUCGAAGAAUAUUUAAAAGAAAAUUGCCCGGGAAUUUUCUCCAGUUUGUUGCCAGGUGUGGAAAAAAAAGUUUUGGAGGACUUUGAAAACUUAGGUUACCACCUUCCUAAAGAUUUUAAACUGUUCUACAGGAUUCAUAAUGGUCAAAACAACAAUGGUAGUGGUUUACUUGGAUCUUUUGACUCUGAAAUAACUGGUGUUGGCGAUGUGCCAAGUAGACACCUAUUACCAUUUGAACAUGUGCGCAAAAACUGGGAUUCUAUUAAUAAAUUGAGUUACUUGACCCUUUUUGAAGCUUGUGAAAUGGCUCAAACAUACUUUAACAUUAUGAUGGAACUAUCAGAGGAAAAUGAGUCCGAACCAAACAUAUUUGCCCGGUCUUAUCUUACAAUGCCUCCCAUAGAUUACAAACUAGCCAACACCUUCACUGAAUGGAUUCAAAAUUAUACUGAAAAGCUAAUUGAUGGCAAAUUUCCUAUAAUAAAUGGGCAGAUCCUUAUGUUUGAUGCCAAUACAGAAACCUCAUAUACAAGUUAUGGUAUAACUGUAUCUGUUCGAUGGUUGUUUCACUUACAAUUAUCGCAUAACAAGACACACUACAGCUAUUACAUAAAGAUGUCCAUGGCUGAAGACGCACCAGUUUCAAACUCUUGUCAGCUUUUAACCAGGCAUUGGGAGAUAACAGACAAAGAUGGAAAAACUGAAAAUGUUAAUGGCCCUGGAGUGGUAGGUCAAUACCCAAUAAUGAGGCCUGGAGCUGUAUAUGCGUGGCAAAGUGCUACAAGCUUUAACACAACUACUGGAUCAAUGAAAGGCCAUUUUGUUAUGGCUUUGCUUUCAGAUCCAACAAGACAAAACACCAUUAAUGUUAUUUGUCCGGAGUUCAAUAUGAUGCCAUGGUUUCCCACACAAUGUGGAAGUAUGGGAAGGGAAUGACUUGAAUGUAACUUACUUUAUCGUCGCGUGGCCAGAAAACAACAGUCAUUAUAACACGGGUUUAACACCUCGUGCCAGCUUACGAGUUACCACGAAUGUAACUUUCUGGGUGAUUGUUUUUUUAAUUUUUUUUGUUCUUUCUUUACUACCAAAUGGGACGGAAAAUGAAAUGGAAGUGUCCCAUAUUACCCCACCCUACUGCACCAUUAAUACACCCACGUUGUUACAUUAGACUUAAUGAAGAUGAAGUUUUACGUGUUAACACAUUCUUCUGAACACUCAUUAUUUUCGCCAUCUUUCUUUUCUUUGCAAAUACAAUUUAAUAUUCUUACAAGA